UAACCUCUUUUGAUCUUGACUUUUCCUUUCCAAAUCUCUCUCCUCUUCUGUGUCCGUCUUUCUGUCUUCGACUCUCUCUUCUUCAGCUAUGGGGAUCUCUUUCAGCAACCGUAGACGAAACAAUCACCAACGCCGCUACCACCAUCACCUCCCUCCUCCUCCGCCCUACUAUUACUCCGAUCAACCGCAACAACCGCCGCCUCAACCACCACCGCACAACGAGUACAGCUACACUCAUAACCACCUCGUCUCAGCUCCGCAAUACUCUCUUCCUCCUCCACCCUCUCAGCCUCAUCCUCCGCCGCAGAUUAAUUACGGAUCCUACGGCUAUAACUACAAUCCAAACCCGCAGCAGCAGCAGCCUCCUCCGUAUUUCUACAAUGGCUGGAACACGAUGAUGAGACCGGUUUUCUACGGUCAAGCUCCCGUGGUGGUUGACCAACAGCCUCCUCAGCCGUUCGUGGAGCAUCAGAGCGCCAAGAAGGUGAGGAACGAUGUCAAUGUCCAUAAAGAUACGGUGAGGCUCGAAGCAGACGAUCUUAACCCUGGCUUUCAUCUAGUUUCCUUCCUCUUCGAUGCCGUAUUCGAUGGCAGUUUUACUAUCAUAUUUUUCGCAAAGGAGGAAGAGAACUGCACAAUCGUCCCUCAUUAUCCAGAAGCUUUCAAACCAACCAAAGUCCCAUUCCAAAAAGGCACAGCGCAGAAGUUUAUACAACCUUCAGGGACAGGAACAGACCUAGGUUUCUUUUCGCUCGACGAUCUAUCGAGCCCGUCACCAGAAGAGGUUUACCCACUUGUGAUAUCAGCAGAGACUGUGAUCUCGCCGAGCUCGGGCUCAGAGGAACCGUUAGUUCACAAGCAAGUCACGCAGGCGUGUCUGGAGAAGGCUGAUUGCGAUGGAUCUUUCAAAGUGAAAGUCGUGAAACAGAUCCUAUGGAUCGAAGGAGCUAGGUAUGAGCUGCGUGAGCUGUAUGGUAUCGAUAACUCGACGGCUCAAGAUGAUGUUGCGUCAGGGUUAGAGGAUAGUGGUGACAAAGAAUGCGUCAUUUGCUUGACUGAACCUAAGGACACCGCCGUGAUGCCUUGUAGACAUUUGUGUUUGUGCAGUGACUGCGCUAAAGAGCUGAGGUUUCAGUCAAACAAGUGUCCCAUAUGUCGACAACCUAUCGAUGAGCUUUUAAUGAUUAAAGUGGAAAGUAGCAAUGAACAACACUGAAAAAGAGGUUUCUUCUUUGUUGCUUCACUCUUAAGUUUGUUUCUGUUUAUCUCUAAAGCCUCAAAUCAAUUCUUUUGCUUUUUUCUUUUGUCCCUUAUACAAACCUUUGUCUUUGUUUUCUCAUUUCAUACUCUGCACAGAUUUGUUGGUCUUAGUUUGAAAAUUUGAAAAGAAACACAUCAGUAUUGUAUAUAUCUUUAAUGGCUUUUAGAGAAACUCUCUCUGUGUUUC